CCAUUAAAACCCCCGCCAACAAUUCCCCCCUUCCUUUUCCCUUCCCUUCCAAAACCCAAUAUAAUCAAUCAAAUCCUCACCUCCGACGCCCUAAAAGAUCCUCCAAGAACAAGAGGAGGAAAAAAAAAUGGGUAAGAAGAGGACUUUGGUCGUCCUCUCGUCCUCAGACGAGGACGAAAAGGGUAGAAGAACUGGGUCGUCUUCAAGGCCGAGGUCGGCGGCAUCGUCGAAGAGCUCCCGCAGAGGAGGGAGCUCCAGGAAGCUCAACGUCGGCCGAUCUAGGGCUCGUUCUUGCAGUCAAUUGGAAGAAGCGGUUAAAUUUGAUAAACUUUCAGAAGACUUUGGGGAAUGCCUACGCGAUUUACACACAGUGUCAGCAGGUUUGAAAUGUACAGAUAUGAAAGAGAUUUGGGUUGAAAAAUAUAAGCCGCAUUCUUUUGCAGAGCUUGCCGUCCACAAAAAGAAGGUUGAUGAAGUGAAAGGAUGGCUAGAAGAAAAACUGAUGACGUCAGAGGUGGUUGGAUUUGGUAAUUCCGCUCUUCUUAUCACUGGACAAGCUGGAGUUGGAAAAUCUGCAGCACUUCAGGUAAUAUCAUCACAACUUGGAGCCGAGCUAUGUGAGUGGACGACCCCUACGCCUACCCUUUGGGGGGAGCAUGUACAUAGCCGUAGGUCAGGGAGGUAUUACAUGUCAAAAUUGGAUGAAUUUGAGAUUUUUGCCGAGAAAGUAGGAAAAUAUUGUUUACUUCAUCCAUCCUGUAAUGGAGGAUCAAGAAAGCCUGUUAUUUUCUUAAUUGAUGAUCUACCUGUGACAAAUGGAAGAAUUGCCUUCGCAAGACUCAACAAGUGCUUAACAACUCUAGUUCGUUCAACUUGGGUUCCAACAGUUAUAUUGAUUACUGAAUAUCAUAAAACUGAAUCUGUUGAGAGUUCGUCAAAUUUUUUGGAAGAACUUCAAUCAUCUCUUGAGAAAGCUGGGGCCCAUAAGGUAGUUUUUAAUCCGCUUACCGUAAAUUCUAUAAAGAAAACUCUUUUUAGAAUAUGCGAGGAAGAGAAGUGUGAUGUGACUGGAAACUGGAUAGAUCAUAUAGCACGAACUAGUGGAGGUGACAUCAGACAUGCAAUAACGUCUUUGCAAUACUUCUGUUUAAGACCUACAGAUGGUUUUUCCUUAGCAACAUCGACUCUGCCAGCAAUACAAUCUAAGACAAGCGUAUACAAGCAUAAUUCAGUAUCAUCUCCAAGUCUUGCAGGCACGGAGGACCUAGAUGCCCCACCAUUCUUGCCUUUUGGAUUUGGACGAGAUGAAACAAUAAACCUGUUUCAUGCCCUGGGGAAGUUUCUGCACAACAAGAGAGAAACUGAUGAUUCAUGUGCACUUGAACAGCAUUCACUUGUUCUUCAGGAGAAAUUAUCAAGAAGCCCUCUUAAGAUGGAUGCUCCGGAGGUAGUUCUUUCUCAGGCUCAUGGGCAAGCAAGGAAGGUUGCUGAUUUUCUACAUGAAAAUGUUCUUGAUUUUAUAAGCGGUGAAGCUAUUGAUGAUGCGUGGCUUGUGACUUCUUAUCUAUGUGAUGCUGAUUUACUACUUGAUAAUGCUUCACAUCCAACAAGGUUCCACAUGAUGUCCGAGAUUUAUGAAUCAGAAAAUCUAGCACAAGUAGUAGCUGCAUCAGUUGCAACACGUGGGGUGUUAUUCGGAAAUUCACACCCUUCACCUUCAAGGUGGCACACUAUUCGUAGUCCGAGGCUUUGGCAAAUUGAGCAGUUAUCAUGGCAUAAUAAGAAUCAGAUGGCAUCUGAGAGAUUUAUGGACUCAAAUCCCUGCAAUUUAUACCAUUCAUCUCACGUCACCAUGGAAUAUGGAUCCACAAUGAAAUGGCUGAGAUCAAAAAAUUUUGAAGUCCCCCACACCUGCCAGAAAGAUAUCUCACGGAAUGACAAUGGGGUGUUUGAUUUUGACUGGAUGGAUCAAGAAAAGGAUGAAACUUCGGAAGAAAUUGAAGAGGAAGAAAUUGAAGACUGGUAGGCUUGAUUCAGUUUGCAAAUUGGUCUGAUUAAAGAAUAUUAAAGCUACGACUGAGGCUUACCUUUUGACAUCCUGCAUCUAAGGCCUGGCUAUAUUCUUGGCUUGGUUGUGGUGCUACUCCAAGAAGACACUGCUUCUAUAUAUUGUAAGUAGAUUUGUAUAUCAUUAAGGUUAGUUUCUUUGACGAACCUUUCUAAAUCCGCGAAUGGUGAACUUUUCAAACUUAUAACCCAGAGCCUGAUGUUUUCCUGAAAUCCUGUAUAUAUUGGUCGGAAUGAAGAAAAUUAGGAGGAAAAGGGGGAAUGGGGAAAAAAGGCAGAUAGUAUGCUUCUUAUUUUGAUAUAUUUACGCUGUAUAGGCAUUGAAAUCAUUUUCGUUGAUUUCUCUUCACAAUGAGCAGCACGUUUACAACGUUCA